AUGGCGGUCGAUGCAUGGGAUGAACUUGAAAAACGGACCCGAACAGGAAACAUUCUACGCCACAGUCGGAGCUCCGCGCGCAGUUUAUCCAGGGUGCCUUGGAGGCAGGUGCACUCAAGUUUGGCCAAUUCACCCUUAAAUCAGGACGCAUGGGAUAACUUGAAAAACGGACCCGAACAGGAAACAUGUCUACGCCACAGUCGGAGCUCCGCGCGCAGUUUAUCCAGGGGUGGGGCAGGUGCACUCAAGUUUGGCCAAUUCACCCUUAAAUCAGGACGUAUAUCUCCAUACUUCUUUAAUGCGGACUUCUCUGCACCGCGCCUCUUCUCUCUUCCCUCGCAUCAUCAUACGCAUCCUCAUCGCCUCCGAAUUCACACACGACUCCCAACCACAUUCGAUGUCCUUUUUGGACCUGCCUACAAGGGAAUUCCUUUGGCCGCUGCAACGUCCCUGACUCUCCUCCAGCACACAUCUCCACAUCCUUUGCAACGAAAGGAGUCCAAGUCCAUGGCGAAGGCGGCUAGUUGGGGCCUCGUUGGAAGGGAAGAGGCCGUUCGUGAGGCACUUGACGCUGUAAAGCUGGCGGGCGGGGUCGUUGUUGGUGUCGUCGUCGCUUUGGAUCGGGAGGAGGUUGCGCCUGGUGGAACUGGAAGUACGAUGAAGGAUGUCGAGGCUGAGAUUAAGAAGAGGGCUGGCGAAUGGAGACUGGUAAACCUCCGGCGGUGGGCGAGCCAAAGGUUCGGCAGCAGUGAGGAUGAGGGAUCUGGUUUCGUGGUUGAGGACCAAGGCCGGACGGAGGAUGUCCAAAAGAUGAAGGCUUACAGAGACCAAUAUGGGGUUAAAGAGUGA